AGAGGGGCAGUAACAGGAACUGAAGCAAAGUGCUGAAAAAUCUGUUGGGAGAGAAAGUGAAGACUCUUUCUCAGAACAGUUUAAUAUCAUUCUCGAUGACAGCUCACAGACUGAGACAGUCCGCUGGAAAAUAAUUUAUCCACCAUGACUGUCAACUGAAGUCACGAUGAUUGGACUGAUAGUGCUGGGGCUUCUAUGGGGAGAGCUCUCUGCAGAAACUCACUCUCUCCGGUAUUUUAUCACUGGUAUGACUCCGAUUCCCAAUUUCCCAGAGUUUGUGAUUGUUGGUUAUGUGGACGGGGUCCAGUUUGCUAUGUAUGACAGCAAUCGCAAGGAUAUAAUCCCCCGGGAACAGUGGAUGGUGGACAGCGAAGGACCCAAGGCCUGGAAGCGGAAAGUUUCCCUCGCUCAGGAGCGAGAAGACAUUGCCAAACAGCAUAUUCCGAUAUUAAUGUCUCGGACCAACCAGACAGGGGGGAUCCACAUUUACCAGAUGAUGACUGGCUGUGACCUGGGGGAUGAUGGGACUGUGAGUGGGUUCACCCUCAGACGAUGGGACGGGCAAGAUUUGAUCAGCUUCGAUAAGGAUCACAGGGUGUGGGUGACCCCAGUCCCCUGGGCAGAAAGCAUCAAAAACAGAUGGGACCAGGAUGUGGUGGGUAAUCAGAGGUGGAAGCAUUACCUGGAGGUGGAGUGCAUUGAGUGGCUGAGAAAAUACCUGGAGUACGGACAGAGGGAACUGAGAGUCGUUGCCCCCAAUGUGUCCUUUGCCCGUCUGGGUGAUUCUAACCGGCUGUCCUGUCUUGUCACUGGGUUUUACCCACGAGCCAUCGAGGUGACUCUGUGGAGAGACGGAGUGUUGAUCGAUGAGUCCCUGUCCACAGGGAUCUUACCUAAUCAUGACAGGACCUACCAGAUCCGGAAAUGGAUAGAAUUUGAUCCGGAGGAUCAGGCCAAGUUUUCCUGUCAGGUGGAGCACAGUGGAUUGGAGGAGAAGCUGGUGGUGAUUUAUGUCCCAAAGUCUCACUCUCAGGUUCUUGUUAUUGUCGGGAUUGUAUUUGGACUCCUUGGGAUCAUCUCUCUCGCUGUUGUGGCUGUCGUCAUUCACAAGAAGAAAGGGGGAAUGCAGAGCGGCUACAAUCUCACAAACAGUAAGCUGAUAACUCAGACAUCUCCGCGUCUGUCUUCUGAAGAAAGGACAUCCUCAGACAGUUCGGCCAUUUCCUGAGGCAUGAAUAUUGUUGGUCGAUGUUGUUCCUCUAAUGUCCUUGCUGGAAACCAGGUUUCCAUUGCUGGAAUUGAUCUUCUAAUUUGUCAUCCUCAAUUUCAGGAGUGAUUUCAAUUGUCAGUCUGGCUGAGUGAAAUGUCUACAUUUUGUUAAUAAUAGAUUAUUGAAAUCUAUUGGCAGAUGUUGAAAUGUGAAUUCAGUCAAAUUUAAAAUGAAGAGACAGCUUAUUGGUGAUGAUGUCAUCUUUAUUGAUUGUUGUUAAAAGCCAUCUGGUUCACUAAUGCCCUGCCAGGAUAGAAAUUAUUACAGUCUGGUCUACAUGUCACUGUGCAAUGAGUUAACUCUUAACUGCCCUCUGGACAACAAGCACUGGCAUUGCCGGUGAUGGCCAAAUCUCAGGAAACAACUUUUAAUGUUUGACAGUGUGGUUAUAUUUCCUGAGCAGAAACUUCAUCUCCACAGCACAACACCCAUUGGUCAUGCCCCAUGCACAAUACUGCCAGUCCGUUCAGCACAUAAACAUGAUCUUCAUCAGCCAUUCAUCAGUGGGAUCACCCCAGACCUCAAUUUGAAUUUUUCUGCUCCUUAAAUACUGAGUGAAACCUUUUCUAUGAGCUUGUUACACAGCACUAUUUCUGGAUACUGAUGGAAGACAACAUUACCCUACAAUAAUGUCAUGAAAACAUGUCAUGCAUCCAACUCUUGCCCAGGCCAUGCUGCAGUCUCACACUUUCUGACUUGAACUGUUUCCAUGUUCACACUCCUAUCAAUUUAUAAACUUCCUCAUGCAAAGCCUCAAUAGAGCUGCGUACUCAUGGCCUGCAUUCCAGCUUCCUGUCUUGGGUUCAAGGCUGCACUAUUUUCUGUCCCACUCUCUCCAACUCUGAGAUUUUGCUGAGGUAUUUAUUGAGUCAUCAAGUCAUACAGAACAGAAAUGACCCAAACAAUCUAUGUUCCCAAACUAAACUAAUCCCACCUGGCUAUGCCAGGUCCAUAUCACAACAAACGUUUAUUAUUUGUGUACUCAUCCAAAUAUAAAUGGUGUAACUGUACCAUGUCCACCACUUCCUCUGGACAUUCAUUCCAAGCACAAACCAUUCUCAGUGUAAAAAUGUUGCCUCUCAUGUAGGUUUAAAGUCUUUCUCCUCUCACCGUAAAAAUAUGGUCCCUGGUCUUGAAAUUCAUCCCCCCUCUACACACGGACACAUACACACACUCACGCAGACCCUCUCUCAUACAUAUGCUGUCCCUCAUACACACAUAAUUUCCCCCAUACUCACAUCCACACAUGUGCCCUCCCACAGGAUUAUACUCUGUCACACUCACACACACACACACUGCCAAGCACACGCACAUGUAAACGCAAACUCACGUGCACUCACUCACAUACAUGUGUAUGCGCGUACACACACACACGACUAUCAGGUGAAUUGCAUUUGCAGAAUUGUUUUUGCAGACAUAUUGUUGAGUUUUGGGGCAAAAUAUAAUUUGCAGGCCAUCGAUCCAUAUCACCUUAAAUUAUCUUGAGAAUGUGACUUCAAAGAAAUUCUGGCAUUUUCAUAUUAAUGAACCAAAACCUAUAACCCACGCUGAAAGAUGAAAGACUUAACAGCAAUCUUGGUUUGUUCAAUAUAUUGUUUCAGUUGUAUGAUGCUGUGAUCUUUUGCUAUAAAUUCUGUAUCUUGUCUCACAGCUACCUGAUGAAAGAGCAGGGCUCCGAAAGAUAGUGCUUCCAAAUAAAUGUGCUGGUCCAUAA